CAAGGCCGCUCAGCUCCCUAAGCUACCUGGGUAAGACCCAAGAUGGCGUCUCUCACUGUCACUGCUGUGUGAAUCACAGCCUGGGACUGUAACCUGUGUCUUGUCUUUGAAAUUCACACCUGCUCCCCAUUUUUCCGCCUGGUUUGCUGUCCCUACUGAGGUGGACAGCCUAGAGUAAUGGCAGGGAGUGUCCCUUGGGCGGCAAGUAGGAGACUAUGGGGCUCGAUGCUCUCGGCAUGCAGAAGCUUCUCUCUGGGCGUUCCACUGUUGGCCCGCGUAAGGCUUACUCUUCCACCUCCCAGAGUGAUUGAUCGCUGGAAUGAGAAGAGAGCUCUGUUUGGUGUAUACGACAACAUUGGAAUCCUGGGGGAUUUCGAAAAGCAUCCAAAAGAACUGAUCAAGGGCCCAGUAUGGCUUCGAGGCUGGAGAGGAAAUGAAUUGCAGCGUUGUAUCCGAAAGAAGAAAAUGGUGGGAAACAGAAUGUUCACUGAGGACCUGCACAACCUUAACAAACGGAUCAGCUAUCUCUACAAACACUUUAACCGACAUGGAAAGUACAGAUAGGACAGAACUGGAGAGACACAUUUAUCACCCCGAGAAGGGGAACAGGACUUACCCCAGUAGGGAAAGAGCUUUGUGUGCUCUCUGUAAUAAAGCGGGGCCUCUUUGGAACCUGA